AUGGCUGCCGAAGGCCCCGGCUUGAUUGUCAACGGCGGGCAGUCCUCAAAAUCCCCUGCCGCCUUGCUCUCGGAGCAACAUGAAAAACACAAUGUGACUGUGGAGGAUACUGUAGAUGAGGAUGAUAUUCAGCAUCCUCCCCCAUCUUCAAUAGCCAAGCAAUCUGCCUCCGAGUCCUCCGAGGCCGCUGCUCCGCCGGCAGCCCCGAAGCCAGCCAGAGCUCCGGCAUUCGACGUUCAGUCCGAAGAGUUGUUCCCAGCAUUGGGAAGUGGUCCCAAAUCGAAGGCUGCGGCCAACGUGCCUACAGCUUGGGGGACAAAAAGGCCUACUGCAACGGCUGCUCCCACGGAUGGGGCAUCAGGAAUUCCCCAACCAACUACUUCCUCCGACUUCUCCAAUACACCAAGAAUUAUGAGCUUACCCGGAAAGCAUGUAGAACAGCUGCGUCUGGUUCCGUCCCAAAUGCUUCCACGUAGUCAGCUCAAAAAGCCCGUAAGGGAUAUCUUGCGAGACAUUUCGAAACGAUCAAAGGCUACAGUUGAUAUGCGCGGCGGACCAAACGGUUCAAUAAUCUUUGAAGGAAAAGGCUCCGUUGACGCUGUUCGUCAGGCUCUCAAGGAGGUCGCUCAGCAAGUGGGCUCAAAGCAAUCCGUCCGUGUACCAAUCCCAGCGUCUGCGCGAGCCCAUAUUAUUGGCCGUGGGGGCGCUGUUGUACAAGACAUUCAGCAGCGAACUGGUGCUCGUGUCCAGGUACCCAGAGCCGAGGAGUCAAUGCCUGGUGACGAGGACGAUGACAGUGUCACCAUCGAUGUUCUCAUAGAAGGAGAUGCUGUAGCCGCUGAAAUGGCUCGUCGCGAAAUCGAAGCCAUUGUUAAGGAGCGCGCUUCAAAUAUCAAUCUUCGAUUGAAAUCGAUCCCACCGGAAUUCUUUCCUUUCAUUGCCGGCGCCCACAACGCCCAUGUCAAUGACAUUGAGGAACGUACCAAGGCACAAAUCCGAGUGCCUCGUUAUGACACAUGGUCUAACCAACCACCACCUCAAGAGGCCGGCCCUGGUCAAAUCCGUUUCAUUCCAGACCCAGACCGACAUAUUCAUAUUUCGGGAGAACGUAACGCUGCCCAGGAAGCUCGCGCUGAGAUUGAGCGCCGCGCUGCCGAGCUGCAACGCCAGCUGACCUUGCGUCAAUUGGCUAUUAACCGCGGCCAGCAUCAAUUCAUCCUUGGAGAUAGCAACACGGCCCUCCACGAAUUCCUUGCAGAAACUGGUUGUGGAAUUAUCUUGCCUCCUGCCUCCGAUGAUAGCGAAUUCCUAACAAUUACCGGGCCUCCUGGUCAGAUUGAAGCCGGCAUUAAUCGCGCAAUGGAGUUAGCUACAAGCAUGCAGAUGGCCAGUAUUGACCUGUCUCGACAACACUCCGCUGCACAUGCUAGAGCGCUCACGUCCUAUCUCCAACAACGCCAGAUUAUCAGAGAUUUGGAACGUGCAUAUGACGCUCGUAUUGUUCUUCCUCAAGCUGUCGACGGACCUGUCACCUGGGAGGUGUACUCUCGCGACGGGAAGAACACCAUCCGUGCCCGUUCCGAUAUCAUGAACCUGAUUCAAGCCCAUCCGCCCGCCAAAAUUCGUUCCGUUCAAAUUGACCCGUACUUCCAUUCUUAUUUGAGUUCGUGGGGUACACCUCAGCUUAGGGAUCAGUAUGGUGUUCAUAUUAUCGUUCCUAAGGAAAUUGACAACCAAGAUGUGAUCCUUGUUUAUGAGGGACAGCAAUCACCUGAGGCACAAUUCGAAGUUCCAAGACAACGGCCCUCUAAUGAAGAUAUUGCAGCAUUUGAGCAAGCCCUCCAGUCCGCACAGGAAUAUCUAAUUAAUACCCUAGGCGAUCAAUCGAACAUUGUACAGAAGUCGGUUCCUAUUCCUGCUAAAUAUACCGACAAAGUGCGCAAGUACAUUGCACGGGAAGAGCACGCAGAUGCUGACCACAUCCCCGUUCGGGCAAUUAUACAAGGUGGUGACAGCCGCAAUGGUCAGAAACCAGCCACUGCCGCAGAGAGUGCUGUCGUUUUGCGCGGACGCUCUGGUGAUGUUGACGAGCUCACUUUGAAGAUCCUCGCCUUCGUUGAACAACAGAAGAAAGAUGAUCUUGAACGAGACUACACCAUCACCUUUGAUUUCCCUCAAAAAUUCGCCAACUUCCUCAUUGGCAAACGUGGCGAGAACAUUAACAAGUUACGGGAUGAAUUCGACGUUGACAUCAAAAUCGACAACGGCAAGGUUGAAGUCAAAGGACCAAAGGCAAAGGCAGAUGCGGCAAAACUCAGAAUUGCUGCUUUAGGCAAGAAAUUAGAAGAUGAGACAACUCACAUCCUUAAGAUUCCUGCCAAAUACCAUCGUGAUUUGAUUGGUCAAAAGGGUAGCCAGGUAAACCGACUACAGGACAGGUACAGCGUCCGUGUACAAUUCCCUCGGGCUGCAGCCUCUCCUACGAAUGACGACCAAUCCGUUGCCGACACGGCCAGCGAAGUUGGUGGUGGCCGUUUUGGGCGCAACAAUCAAGCUCCCGAUGAAGUGCAUGUCAAGGGGCCCAGCAAGGGCGCAGAUGCCGCCAGAGAUGAGAUCCUGAGUUUGCUUCAAUGGGUUGUGGAUCAUUCCAAUUCUGCCGUCGUUUCUGUUGCCCAAAGUCAAAUUCCUUCUUUGAUCGGGCAGCGCGGCCGUGAGAUGGACAAACUGCGUGCCGACACUGGAGCUCAGAUUGACGUUCCCAGCGCUCAGGAUCUGCCUGAUGCUUCCGGCCGCGUUGAAAUUAAAAUCAAGGGCACGAAGAAGCAAGUAGAGGACACCAAGAAGAUCCUUGAGCAGAGAGCCAGAGAAUUUGACUCGAUCGUUACAAGGACCAUUGAAGUCGAGAAGAAGCACCACAAAGCCCUUAUCGGCGGUGGAGGUGCUAAUAUUCGUCGUAUAAUUGUUGAAGCCGGUGGACCCGACGACAGCACGGCUUCUCGCAUUGUCAAAUUCCCUCGCGCAGAAAGCGAUGAGAAGGCCAUCAAACUUGAAGGAAACGGUGCAGUCGUUGAUAAGAUUGCGGCAGCUAUUGAUGCAUUUGUCAAAGAGCGAGAGGAUCAGGUCACAGCGACACUAGAAGUGCCUCAAACACAACACCGAUUGCUUAUUGGACGCGGCGGAGACACUAGGCGCGGUCUGGAAAGCAAAUUUAACAUUUCCAUAGACAUUCCCCGGCAGGGAUCGGGACGCACUGAUGUCAAGAUCAAGGGGCCAAGCAAUGCAGUUGAGGAAGCAAAGGCUCACAUCGAGGAACUUCUCAAAGAGCAACAGGGCGAAACCGUCCAAGUCCCUCAAUACUUGCACCAUGUUGUUUCCGACAAUGGCUCCUUCUUCCGGCGUUUGCGAAAUGACUACCAAGUGACAGUAGAUCACGCAGGCCAACAGCCACCAGCCAGACCGACCCCAGUCGAUUCACGCGGAGGAGCCUCCAAUGGAACUUCUCUUCCGUUGAUUACAGACGAACCAGAUGCGGCUAUCGACUCGCAUUCAUGGAAAGUGGUUGAAAAUACAUCAGCUGCCGGUGAGGAUACCUCGGCCGUCAUUCCAUGGGUUUUGUCAGGCUCGACAGAAAACGUAGCCAAAGCCAAGGCCGCAUUGGACAAAGCUUUGGCAUCUGCAACUCAGCAAGGUGCCACUGGCUACCUCAUUCUUCCGGACCCGAAGACAUACCGAUUCGUUGUCGGUCAGGGCGGUAGCCAAAUCAACACUAUUCGCAAGAAAACUGGAUGUCGCAUCCAAGUUCCCAAGAGCCAAGCCAAGGGUGAGGCUAUCGAGGUGAAGGGUACAAGUGCAGGCUUGGAAGAAGCCAAAGAGAUGAUACUGGAAGCUGUUCGCACGGGUCUCGCUUCUCGCUCAUAA